UUAUUGUAUUUUGCUUAUGUUGAUUUCUCUGUGAAACAAACAAAAAAGUUUUGCCUACUUAGUUUGACCAACAAAGCUGGUGGUAAAAACCUCCUACACUGAGGAGCGCUGAGUUAUCAACUUCAUUUCCUCUGUGUCAUCGCAAAAUCACUGCUUUAGUAGUUGAUCAUCUCCAAAAAAUGGCGACGUUUCAUCUCCGAUCACCGCCGUCAACUCUUCUGUAUCAUAUUCCUCCACCCUGUAAUCUUGCCUGCAAGUCUCCCUUUACUAGGUUGAAAAUGUCAACUCCGUCAACCCCAGAAAAUCGCACUGUUCUAGGUUGUGGAAUGGCGGCGGUGGAUUUCCUAGUUGCUGUUGAUUCUUAUCCUAAGCCUGACGACAAGAUUCGAAGCACCAGUUUUGAGGUUCAAGGGGGUGGCAAUGCAGGGAAUGCAUUAACUUGUGCGGCUCGUCUAGGCCUAUCUCCAAGAAUUAUUUCAAAGAUCGCGGAUGACUCUCAAGGAAAAGGAAUACUGGAAGAGCUAGAAGCUGAUGGAGUUGAUACAUCAUUUAUGGUGGUUUCCAGAGGGGGCCAUUCGACAUUCUCUUACGUCAUUGUUGAUAGUCAAGAGAAAACACGCACUUGUAUUUACACUCCAGGAUACCCCCCUAUGAUACCUGAGGAUCUGUCCAAAUCGAAUCUGUCAUCAGCUCUGGAUGAUGUGAAACUUGUCUAUUUUGAUGGAGUAUUGCAAGAAACUGAAUUGUUAUCAGCUUUAGUUGUGGCCCAAGAGGCACAUCGGAGAAAUAUACCUAUUGUAAUUGAUGCAGAAAGUAAAAGAGAAAGGGUAGAUGACCUUUUGAACUUGGCAACUUAUGUUGUAUGCUCAGCGAGAUUUCCACAGGUAUGGACAGAGGCCUCUUCAGUCCCAGAUGCUCUUGUUUCUGUACUUCUAAAGUUGCCAAACGUCAAAUUUGUAAUUGUGACAUUGGGUGAAGAUGGCUGCUUGAUGCUACAAAGAGCUGAAGCUGAGGAUUUCCAGUCAGAAGAAGUUGAUGUUGAUGACUUGUUCAAGAAAAUGAAGCAGAGAAUUGAUAGAGAUUCACUCAGUCCAACUUGCGUAUCCUCGGAUAUCGCAAAAUUACAUGCAAAAGGCAUCGGGACAGUGAGUGGGAAGCUGCUUUUAGGAACAGCUGAAAAGAUACCGCCAUCAGAACUAGUAGAUACAACUGGUGCAGGCGAUGCAUUUAUUGGAGCAGUUCUGUAUGCUCUCUGUGCCAAUAUGCCAGCAGAAGAAAUGUUGACAUUUGCUUCUCAAGUGGCAGGUAUUGGGUGCAGGGCAUUGGGAGCAAGAGCUGGUCUUCCCCAUCUAACAGACCCUCGCUUGAGACCCUUUUUAGUGAACGAUCCCCAAAAUGUGGCCACAUUACUGUAGCAGACAACAGAAAUAAAAGUUAUCAACUUGGGGAGUUUCUUUUCCUGUUGUUUUCUUUUUCUAGACAUACAUUCAGCUGCAUUUGUGACAUCUUGUGUGAAAGAUUUGACCAUUGAGCUUAAGACCUUCAAACUUUGUAGCAAGAACUUGAAUUCUAAUAUGGAAAGUUUGUAUCAGGAGCAUUCCAUCUUUA